GCAGCAGAAGAGAACCUCUCUGUUGUUGAGUAAAGCGAUUUUCGCCAGUCCCGUGAGAAGUCGCUAACGCCGCUCUUCAGCAAGGCAACAUGUCCGUCUCGCGGGAGAGGAAAGCGUGUCAAUUAUUAGUGCUUCAAUUUUUUAGCGAUUACAGCUGGACGAAUGGCACCUACGCUGAACUAGCCGCGCGAAACUGAUCUACGGCGGAGAGGAAGAGAAAAUGAGUUUUUCCGUGAAGAAGACCGGCGGCAGAAUGUGGCACGAGGCACGCAAGCAGGAGAAGAAGAUCCGCGGCAUGCUGGUCGAUUAUCGUCGCAGAGCGGAACGUAGACGGGAUUACUAUGAAAAAAUUAAAUCCGAUCCUACUCAAUUCCUCCAAUUGCAUGGUAGACCAUGCAAGAUACACUUGGAUCCGGCGAUAGCUGCCGCUGGUGACAGUCCUGCGAACAUGAUGCCAUGGCAGGGCAACGAUGACAAUCUUAUAGAUCGUUUUGAUGUACGAGCGCAUCUGGAUUGGAUACCAGAGCCAGUAGAUACUAUUGAUGUUGAUAUUGCUCUGACAAGCGAAGACAGACAUAUCAACUAUGAGCGCUAUCGUAUAAUCGUGCAAAAUGAAUUUCUGAAUGUGACUGAAGAGAAGUUUCUUCAUCAAAUACAUUUGGAAGAACAGUUCGGUUCGUCGACAAAGUUAGAGGCUGCGAAAGAUAAAAAGAAAUCCUCUAAUAACGCUGCCAUCGGAUAUAAUUAUGAAACCGAAGAGCCGAUACCCGAACCAGUAAAGACAACAGAUCCAGUUAUAUCGGAAGAGAAGGGAGAUGAUGAAGAUAGCGAUAUAGAUUUAGAUAUAUGCGUGGAUGUAUCUCAAAUAGAGCCAUCUCAGGCGCACGAGAUGAAUUUGGUAGCUCAAAAAUAUGGACUUUUAGGUGCUGAUUACUUUAGCUUUUUAACACAAGAUUUUGAAGAAGCUGAAACCUUGCGGCAAGCUCGUAAGCAAGAGGAGGAGAAAGCUAUGUACUCGGGUCGACGUUCGCGUAGAGAAAGGCGUGCUUUCAGGGAAAAGAAGAUGAUAGGUCGCGUUAUGAGUCCACCUAGCUAUGCGGCUAGGGAAAGCCCGGAGUACAAUCCUUAUAGAAAAUCCUCUUCCAAGUCGCGGUCGCGAUCGACAUCACCUGUAAAUACGGGACAGAUUACUUACAUCACAAGCUUCGGCGGGGAGGAAGAGACUCACGGUAGUACAUCACACGUAACUUCGUCGAAUUCGAGAAAAGUCAAUUAUUCGUAUCUCAGACGGCGGAGGUCGGACAGUCCUGCUUUCAACGACAGGACUGUCAGUAGAAAAAUAUCCAAGUCCAGGUCGAGAAGUUGUUCACGUUCCAUUAGUAGGAAUAAAUCGUAUAGGUCACGUGAUAGGAAACGAAGUGGAUCUAGGCUGAGAUCCAGACGAACACGCUCGAGACCUCGGAAGUAUACAAGAUCCCGCACAAGAAGUCGCUCCAGACGAUCGCGAACGCGUAGUAAAUCACGGUCGCGCUGCAGAAGCGUCAGCCGAUCCCGAUCCCGUUCAAUUUCUCGAUCGAGGUCGAGAUCUAGAUCACGCUCGCGUCUGAAGAGAUCGAGGAGUUCGUCCUCGAGCACAUCGAAAUCGAGAUCGAGGUCUAAAUCGCGUAACAGAAGCCAUUCUAGAGACAGCUAUCGGAAAAAGCGAUACUCGGUGUCGAAGUCAAGAUCCAAGUCCCGCUCGAGAUCGAAGUCUCCGUCACGAUCAAGAUCGAGAUCGAGAAGCCAAUCUAGCUGUAAGCGAGCGCGAAGCGAUGAUAACAAGACGCCAGCACUACCCAGGUAUUAUGGCCGACGUGGAAAAUCGUCAAGUCUUGAGCUGGAGCUAUCCGAUAACGAAGAAAAAUCCGGUCCAGCAGCACCGAAGACACCGAUAAAUACAAACGUGAACAAGCCAAAAGCAGGGUUAAGUACAAAUUCUGGUGGCGGACACAAAUCGUUGAAAAUCACACCCCAGGAGCGGCUUAAGAAGAAAAUGCAGGCCCUGUUAAACAGGCAGUACAAAGCUGACAAGAAGGCAGAGCAGUUGAGAAUCGAGAAGAUGGAGCAGCAGAGACAGGAUCGGGAGGACGAGAUUCGAGAAAUGUCUCUGAAACUUCGUAGAAACGACGUGAAUUCUGUUUCUUCGCUUUUCAGGCAAAGAGAACGAAGACAUCGCUAUGAGGGCCACAGUUCCGACACGCGGUCUUCCGUGUCCCGUACACCAAGUCCGAGCCGUAGUCCAAGAUCGCAUCAUGCCGUACGUCGCGAUAGACGAGACACGGACGGCGAUCGCGAGCGGGAUAGGGAAAGAGAGAGGGACAGAGAGAGGGAUCGGCGCGAUGAUCGGGAUCGGACUGAUCGGAGUAGAACAGAGUCGCGUAGGAGAUACAGAGAUUCGCCGCUUCGUUCACUGAGUCCGAGGAGCAAUCGAGGCCUAGUCGACUAUUGACUUCAGGACACACGCUUAAUCUUCCAUCCGAAUGAUUUGAAACCGAUGUUUUGAAAAUUUCUCGCUCGAAUUGCAUUCCUUAAAUCGCUGUUAAUGUCCGAAAGAAUCGCAUAACGAGGGAAAGGUAUAUAUACGGACGUGCUGCAAGAUUAUUUUCAAAUGCGUCUUGAAUUAUAUACAGCGCGACUUAAUCUGCUUUACAAUAUUAUCAAACAAAUGGAAGUAUUUGUACAUUACUUCUGUGCUCGUAUCGAUCGAAUCCGCGAUGCGAUAUGUAAGAAUUAGAAGAAUUGCGUAAAAAUAGUUAAUAUUAUCGCGAGGAUCAUGUUUACAAUUUUUAUUUCGUAACCGAAGAGCAAGGAUGAAAACACAAUACUGUUAUAUUUUAGUUUGAGUGCACUCUUUGCUAUGUAUCUCUUAUUGUUAAAUAAUUCUUCAGUAAUAAAGAUGUUUAUUUCACAGCAGGGGAAAA